AUGACUUCCACAAUAACAAAAACCAAAACUGGCAAACAAAUUGCAUGUAAAGUUCAUAUGCUUGAUGAUCAAGAUUUACCAUUUCAUAUUGAUCCAAAAGCUACUGGACAAGAUUUAUUUAAUUCAGUUUGCAAUUAUAUUGAUUUACUUGAAAGAGAUUACUUUGGAUUAGAAUAUCUUGAUAGUCAUCGAAAUGUUUGCUGGCUUGAAUCAGAUAAACCAAUACUUAAACAAGUUUCAGAAACAAAAUUUUCAUUUUGUGUUAAAUUUUAUACACCUGAUCCAGGACAAUUGGAAGAAGAAUUUACUAGGUAUCUUUUUGCAUUACAAAUCAAGCGUGAUCUUGCUGUUGGUGCAUUAUUAUGCAGUGAUAAUACUGCCUCUUUACUGGCGUCUUAUAUUGUACAAGCGGAAAUUGGUGAUUAUCUUGAAUCCUAUAAUAAUAAUCCAAGUUAUUUUAGUAGUCGUAAAUAUUUUCCUCAUCAAACAGUUGAACAUGAAAUUCGUAUAAUGAAUUUUCAUAAAAAUCAUAUUGGUCAAUAUCCAGCGGAUGCUGAUCUUAAUCUACUUGAUAUAGCACGUAAAGUUGAAUUAUAUGGUAUAAAAAUGCAUCCAGCUAAAGAUCAUGAACAAGUUAAUCUUAAUUUAUCAGUUGCACAUAUGGGUAUACUUGUUUUUCAAAAUAUAACAAAAAUAAAUACAUUUUCAUGGGCAAAAAUUCGUAAAUUAAGUUUUAAACGUAAAAAAUUUUUAAUUAAAUUACAACCAGAAGGAUAUGGUUAUUAUAAAGAUACAGUUGAAUUUUAUUUUGAUACACGUGAUGAAUGUAAAAAUUUUUGGAAAAAAUGUAUUGAAUAUCAUGCUUUUUUUCGUUGUGUUACUAUACAACGUUCACAACGUUCAAAAAAUAAAUUAUUAGCUGGUGGUUCAUCAUUUCGUUAUCAUGGUCGAACACAAAAAGAAAUAAUUGAAUAUGCACGUGAAAAUUAUGCUAAAAAUCGAACAUUUACUCGAUCUUAUUCAAAUACACGUACAGUUGCACCAAUAACUAAUCGAACACAUCGUUCACCAGGUUCAACAAUAAAAACAUCGGAUACAGUUGAAUCUGUUCGUCAUCAUAAAAGUCAAAUUGGUCUUAUAGGAGAUACAACAAAUGUUUAUCAACAAGUUUAUUAUGAUGAUUCAUCAACACAUGGUAGUCGAACAUUAGAUUCAAAAUUUAGUCGUGAUAAAUAUGAUCUAUCUGACGAGCAAAAUACUGAUGAAGAUGAAGAUGAACAUAUACAAAAACCAACCAAUGGUUUAUCAUCAUCAUCACCUACACAUAUUUGUCGAAGCAGUGAACCGGUUCAUGUUGAUGAUAAUCAAAGUCCGUUAAUUCAACAUCCAAUUGAUCAAGUAGACAAAGAAGAUUCAGUAACUUCUUUGUCAACAUCAGCAAGUCUACAACAACAUCGACAUCAGAUUAGUGGAUUUGUUAAUAAUCAUCGGCCAGUACCAGCUGUAACUGCUAGUAUACCACCACAAAAAUCAUCAACCAGUGAACAACAAUUCAUUUCAGCAGCACAACGAUUAAGUCUUAGUAAACCAACGGCAAUUACAAAUAAUAAUAAUACUGAUAUUCAAAGUCCAACUAAAAGGUCUUCAAUCGAGGAACAUAUGUUUUCAUCUGUACCAUCUUCUCAUGUAUCAAUGCAACAAAUAAGUAAAACUGAAGAGCCAGUUAUUGAUAAUACGAAGACUCGAAUUAUACCAAUUAUUCAUGAACAUCGAUCACCAACAAUACCUAUUAAUACAAUUGACUCAAGAACUACAACUAUGUAUCACCAAUCACCAUCCAGAAUAAUUACAUCAACAUCUUAUCCAAUGAGUCCUCCACUUGCAGGCAUUCCACGAAUGAUUGGUAAUAUUCCUUCAUCAUCAUCAUCAAUAAUACUUCCAACUACUGUUACAUCAACAAUGACAAUAUCACCUAUACAUGAUCGAUCAUUUUAUAUUUGUAAAGAAUUACUUAUGACUGAACGAACAUAUAGAAAAGAUCUUGAAGUAAUUGCUGAAAAUUUUCGUCGUGAAUUAAUGCUUGCUAUUAAUCAACAACAAGAUUUAUUUAUGGAUGAAGAAUAUAAUUUUGAAAAUGAAACAUUAAUUCAUUUAUCUGAUGUUUUAUUUAUACAUUUAUUACCUAUUUAUAAAUUUCAUCUACAUUUUCUUCGACAACUUGAACAAAGAAUGACAGUUUGGGAAACACGUUCUAUACCAGGUAAUGAAUUUAUCAAUGUUGAUAAAGUAAUUCCACAACUUGGAGAUUUAAUUAUGAAUUUAAUUGAUAUUUUACCGAGAUAUGAACUUUAUAUAGAAAAUUACGAUUGUUUAUUAACAGAACUUGAAUAUGUUCUUAAACAUAAUCCACGUUUUGAUAUAAUUUAUAAAGAAUUUGAAUCUGAAAAAUUUUGUUAUUUAUCAUUAAUGGCAUUUUUAAUAAAACCAUUACAAAGACUAUUACAUUAUGAAUAUUUAUUUGAAAAAUUACUUAUGUAUUAUAAAAAUAAUAAUCAUGAAAAUGAAUAUCAAGAUUGUUAUGGAGUCUUCAUUAAAAUUCAAGAUCUAAUUGAAAAUUUUACUGAAUCAUUAACAAUGAUAUUAAAUCGGCAAAAAUUGAUUGAACUUCAACGUGAUUUGAUCGGUGUUGAAAAUCUUUCGAAUCAAUAUGAUCGCCAAUUUAUACGUGAAGGUUGUCUACAAAAAUUAUCAAAAAAAGGCUAUCAACAACGGAUGUUUUUUUUAUUUUCUGAUGUUUUACUUUAUUGUGCGCGUAGUUCCAGUCCAGUACUUAAAUUUAAAUUACAUGGUGAACUUCCAUUAAAAACAAUGACAGUUGAAGAUACUGAUGAACGCAUUCAAAUUCCGAAUUCGAUUACUAUCUAUGCUGGUAAUCGAUCAUUACUUGUAGCAGCCAGUUCGGAACCUGAAAAGAAUAAAUGGCUACAUGAUUUAAAAUCAGCUAUUGAAAAUGUUAAAAUUACUAUUGAUGAUCAUAAAAAUCAAUAUACAGCUACGAUGAAAUCCAAUGCAUCAUCUGAGAAUCUUGAACAUUCUCUAGUUGGUGCACUUGAAGAAGAUGAUCCAAAUCAAAUUGAUCGUUCAUGUUUUCAACAUCGUGCUAAUACAACAAUGCAUGUAUGUUGGCAUCGAAAUUUAUCUGUAUCAAUAAAUGAUCAUCGACAAGCAAUUAAAAAUCAAUUAAGCGGUUAUUUAUUACGUAAAUUUAAAAAUUCCAAUGGUUGGCAAAAAUUAUGGGUUGUUUUUACGAAUUUUUGUUUAUUCUUUUAUAAAACUUAUCAAGAUGAUUCUCCAUUGGCAUCAUUACCAUUACUUGGUUAUCGUAGUUCAUUACCAUCAGAAGCAGAUGGUGUUAAUAAAGAUUUCGUAUUUAAAUUACAAUUUAAAAAUCAUGUUUAUUUUUUUCGAGCCGAAAGUCAAUAUGCUUUUGAUCGAUGGAUGGAAGUUGUUUCAAGUGCAACAACAACAACAACGCCUAGUCAAUUAAUUUAG